CACGCUUUCAUCAAUCUCCUCUCGCCCUUCCGUUCGCGCCCAUGAUGAUGCUGACGAGACGUCUCGCUCCCCACGUCUCGGCCAGGCUCGUAUUGCCAACAUGCCUCCACCGGCGCUCCUUGUCGCACACUCCCGCGGCGGCCUGGGAAUCGCUCUGGUGGCUGCCCGUGCUGCAGGCGUUCCCGUCACUCUCGUCGACAACUCCCAGAAAUCCCUCGACAAGGGGCUUUCGUUUGCCGACAAGCUGCUCAGCAAAGAUGUCUCCAAGCAGAAGCUAUCCCAGGAGGAUGCAGAUGCUAUACGAGGGCGUCUCACCGGCAGCACCAGCAUGAACGACCUGAGCAACGUCGACAUGGUCAUCGAGGCCGUGCCUGAGAUCGUCGACCUCAAAACCAAGAUCUUUGCACAACUUGCCGCCACAUGUCCCGCGCAUGCCAUCCUGGCCACUAACACGUCUUCCAUUUCGAUUACUCGGAUCGCCGCUGCCACCACCACAGAUCCCACCGACCUCAGCGCCUCUUCCCGCGUCGUGUCCACGCACUUUAUGAAUCCUGUCCCAGUGCAGAAGGGCGUUGAAAUCAUCUCGGGCCUCCAAACCUCCCCCGCCACGCUCGCCACCGCCAUUGAGUUCUGCAAACGCAUGGGCAAAAUCCCUUCCAUCUCUGCCGAUUCUCCCGGCUUCCUCGCCAAUCGCAUCUUGAUGCCGUACAUCAAUGAAGCUAUUAUUUGCCUUGAGACCGGUGUCGGAGACGAGGAGAGCAUUGACAGCAUCAUGAAGAACGGGACUAACGUCCCCAUGGGCCCACUGCAAUUGGCGGACUUCAUCGGUUUGGACACCUGUUUGGCAAUCAUGGAGGUAUUGCAUACGCAGCUUGGGGAUAGCAAGUACCGACCGUCUGUCAGGCUAAGGCAGAUGGUGGAUGCGGGAUGGCUGGGUAAGAAGAGUGGAAAAGGCUUCUACACAUAUUAGACGGGAAAUGAAAAUGUGCUCCAUUCU